CGUUGCGCAGCCUACUAUUAGCUAAAAUGCAGUAUUCCAUUUUUGUCGUUAUAGCAGCUUUGGUGAGCAUGGCUUUAGCUCAAGUGUGGCUCCUACCUGACGGAAGAGAUAAGGACCUAUAUAGCAAUGUCUGGGGCAGGGCACUUCGAAACAGCAAUGGCGUCACAUGGAACAAACCAGUGGGUGGCGGCAAUGUCUUCGGCACUUUGGGCAGCAGCGACCAGGGGCUAUUUGGCAAGGCAGGUUACCAAGGCACCAUCUUCAACGACGCCCGGGGCAAGAUGGAAGGGCAAGCCUACGGUACCCGAGUGCUGAGCCCAGCUGGAGACACCAGCCACUUCGGGGGCAAGCUCGACUGGGCCAAUGACAACGCCAAAGCCUCCGUGGACAUCAGCAAGCAGGUUCAUGGGAAAACCACUUUGGAAACGAGCGGGUCGGGAGUAUGGAAAGUAGAUAAGAACACGCAGGUGUCAGCUGGAGGCACCUUGACCGCCGGCAACGGCAAGCCUGACGUUGCUGUCCAAGCGCAGAUAGAAAGCAAAUUUUAAAGCCAUGCCAGUAUUGGCC